AUGGCGACCAGCAAUUGGGAUAAGUUUGUGCUGCUCCUGUGGAAGAACUGGAUCCUCCAGAAGCGCCACUACGUCCAGACGCUGAUCGAGGUGCUCAUACCGGUUCUGUGCUGCUCGAUACUGCUGCUCGUACGAGGCCUGGUCGACCCGGAGUACGUCGACCGUAAUACCGUUUUCCAGCCACUGGAAACCGACCGCGUUACGCACCUUGGGGAUUUGGCUAAAGCUCAGAAGUUCGACUUUAAGCUAGCCUACUCACCGCGGAAUGAUCUGCUGGAACAGAUCGUACAGGAAGCGAUCCGAUCGCUCAACGCGAACGAUCCGGAGUCGCGUAUGAGUUACGUCUCAUUCGACAGUGCCCGGGAAAUGGAAAAUUUCCUGGUAGAAUCAACGUUUCUGGCUGGCGUGGAGUUCGAUGACACGCUUGCCUCCUGGCCGGUGACGAGCGGGGUGCCGAGCAACAUUACCUUCGCCGUACGCUUUCCGGCUGAAUUGCGCGUUGACGAGUUUCAGUUUUCCAACUGGAUGACGAAUAUGCUAGUUGUUCCGUUCUCGCCGCGCUUGCGUAACCCUGACGACGAAGAUGGUGGAUCCCCGAGUUACUACAGAGAAGGCUUCCUUGCCAUCCAGGGUGCAAUCUCGCGUGCGGUGGUAAGCCGCCGGCUGACGGGGGCGAACAUACCGACGGUGCACGUACAGCGGUAUCCAUAUCCACCGUAUUACGACGAUGCAAUCCUGGAGGCGCUUCAGCAGCUGCUCGCACUUAUCAUCGUAAUAUCUUUCUUCUACACCUUCAUCAACACGGUUAAGUACAUCACGAUCGAGAAGGAACGACAGCUGAAAGAGGCCAUGAAGAUUAUGGGCCUAUCAAACUGGCUGCACUGGUCCGCGUGGUUCGUGAAGUGUCUUAUCUUGCUCAUCGUGUCCGUCUCGUUGAUUACAAUACUGCUCUGUGUUCCCUUCAGCUCGGCGGCCAUCUUUGAAAACUCCAGCUGGACGCUGAUCUGGGUGUUCUUUUUCGUAUUCAGUAUUACUACGAUCUGCUUUGCUUUCAUGGUGAGCGUGUUCUUUAGUAAGGCCAACACGGCUGCCGCUAUAUCCGGUUUGCUGUGGUUCGUCACGCAGCUUCCGUUCAACGUGAGCCAGCAGAACUACGACGAGAUGGGCACGGGAGCCAAGCUGGCCAUGUGUCUGAUGUCCAACUCCGGUAUGUCGCUGGCGAUGCUACUCACUGUUCGGCUGGAGGCGACCGCGGCCGGGCUGCGUUGGUAUAAUCUCUUCGAGCCGGCCACGAUUGACGAUGGCUUUAACGUGGGUUUGGUGAUCAUUAUGCUGCUGGUGGACGCGGUGAUCUACCUGCUGAUCGCGCUGUACGUAGAGCAGGUGAUGCCCGGAGAGUUCGGUAUCGCCCGGCCAUGGUAUUUCCCGUUCACCAAAGAAUUCUGGGUCCGGAAGCAGACGCCGUCGCGUGACACACUGUUCAGCAGGGAGGACCAAAGUGCCGCCAGUGGUUCACUUUUCAUCGAGCAGGAUCCGGUCGGGUACGCGGGGGUAGAGAUCAAGCAGCUGCGCAAGGUGUACAAGGGAAAUAAGGCGGCCGUUGAUGGCUUGAACUUGCGGAUGUAUGAGAAUCAGAUAUCGGUACUGCUUGGUCACAACGGUGCCGGCAAAACCACCACCAUGUCCAUGCUGACCGGUGUCUUCUCGCCGACAUCCGGUACCGCACUCAUCAAUGGGCACGACAUUCGCACAGACAUCGAGGGGGUACGCGGUUCGCUGGGACUCUGUCCGCAGCACAACGUGCUCUUCGACGAAAUGACGGUGGAGGAGCACUUGAAGUUUUUCUCCCGCCUCAAGGGUGUCCCGAGCGAUGGAGUCCCGGCGGAGAUUGACCGCUAUGUGAAGCUUCUUGAGCUGACGGACAAACGGACCGCCCAAUCGCAAACGCUAUCCGGUGGCAUGAAGCGCAAACUGGCUGUCGGGAUGGCCCUGUGCGGUGGUUCGAAGGUGGUGUUGCUGGACGAACCCACCUCCGGCAUGGAUCCAUCGGCUCGGCGUGCCCUGUGGAACCUGUUGCAGCGCGAAAAGCAAAACCGCACCAUGCUUCUGUCGACGCACUUCAUGGAUGAGGCGGACGUGCUCGGUGAUCGGAUUGCGAUCAUGGCCGAGGGCAAACUAAAAGCCUUAGGAUCACCGUUCUUCCUGAAGAAAACGUUCGGCGUUGGGUAUCGGUUGAUUUGCGUGAAGGACGCCAGCUGCGAUCGCCAACGGUUGUUGGGCAUCCUGCGAAAGUACAUCCCCGAUGUGACGAUCGAUACCGAUAUUGGGUCGGAGUUGUCGGUGGUGCUGAAGGAGGAAUAUAUAGAUGUGUUCCAGCGGCUGCUGGAGGAUAUCGAGCAGCAGAUGGCAAGCUGUGGAAUCACUAGCUACGGAAUAUCGUUGACCACGAUGGAAGAAGUCUUUCUCAAGGCCGGCAGCGAUAGCUUUGAUGAAACGGGAACUCAGACCAAUGGCACCGUUAUUGAGACCUCCACUCAAGAUUAUGCCUUGGAUGGAAUUCAACUGCUCACCGGCAAGGAGCUUCUGGUCAACCAAGUGAAGGCACAGGUGCUGAAGAAGUACCUCUCGACCAUCCGCGCCUGGAAGCAGCUGAUCCUAAUGUUCAUCAUUCCGAUAGUGUUCGUCUGCAUCACCUUCAUUAUCACGCGCAGCAUUUCCGCUGGAUUGGAUUUGCCAGAGCUGAAAAUAACGAUGGACUCCUACGAGAAAGCGAUAACAGUACUGGAGACGACGGGUGGGAACGUUGCAAGAAUCGAUGCGUUUAAGAGUAUGUUUGAAACGCACGGUGGUUUGGUGCCCAUUGACGAAGACAUAUCCGAGUACAUCGUGCGAAAGGCUAAGGAAGAUAUUGCCUCUGUGAACACACAGUACUUCGUCGGGGCGUCCAUCACCAGUGGACCCACAUACGUCGGAUGGUUCAACAACAAGGCUUUCCAUACCGCUCCGUUGGCGUUGAAUUUAAUCUACAACGCCAUUCUACAGGCCGAGUGUUCCGAGUGUCGGCUGAAUGUGAUAAAUAAACCGCUACCGUAUCGGUUGGAGACGCAGCUGGAGAAGCUCAACACGGGCUUGAACGCUGGCUUCCAGCUCGCGUUCAACACCGGCUUCGCGAUGGCCUUCGUGGCCGCUAUUUACAUUAUGUUCUACAUCAAGGAACGCACAUCCCGCGCCAAGCUACUGCAGUUUGUCAGUGGCACCAACGUGCCUCUGUUCUGGGGACUGGCCUUCGUCUGGGACUAUACCUUGUUCGUGUUGAACAGCCUGGUGUACAUCGCGACGGUAGCCAUCUUCCAGGAGGAAGGAUGGUCCUCGUUCGCCGAACUUGGUCGCGCUUUCCUGCUGUUGCUGUUCUUUGGCCUAGCCGCACUGCCCGUGACGUACCUGUUCUCGUUCCUCUUCACCGUGUCGGCCACCGGGUUUGUGCGCAUGAUGUUCGUAAACGUGCUCUCCGGUGCCAUCUUCUUCACCGUGGUCAACGUGCUGAAGUUUCCCGGAAUCGACCUAAGCGACGUCGCGGAAGGUCUCGAGUGGCUGUUUAUGUUCUUCCCCAAUUUCAUCCUCAGUCACGGGUUGAACAAUCUCAAUCAGGCCACCAGCACGGCCAGCUCCUGUGCGCGCUCCUGCGAGCAGCUGGGUCCGUUGUGCGUGGCAGGAAAUAUGUGUGCCGUUUCGGAGCGUUGUUGCGAUCUGGAGUGGUUCUCUUUCGGCAAGUUUGGAAUCAUUCGGAACCUGCUGUUUUGCUUGUUGUUAUGUGCCAUCGGCUUUGGAUUGCUCUUCGCACAGGAGUAUGGAAUGUUGCGUCGAGUGCUUCAGCGGUUGCGUCGGAAGAAACCUACCCCGAUGGACGCUCUCAGUGGGGAUGACGCCGAGCAGGACUCGGACGUGCUGGAGGAAAAGCGUAGAGUGCAGAAUCUCGGUCGGGCGGACCUCGACGGGCACAAUCUGUUGCUGCGUGACGUGUCUAAGUUCUACGGUAACUUCCAGGCCGUCAACAGUCUAUCGAUCGGGAUCGAUCACUCGGAGUGCUUCGGACUGCUCGGUAUCAACGGGGCCGGCAAGACGACCACCUUCAAGAUGAUGACCGGUGAUGAGGAGAUUUCAUCCGGCGAUGCUUGGAUCAAGGGUAUCAGCUUGCGCACGAACAUGAAUCAGGCGCAUCGGCUCAUUGGCUACUGUCCACAGUUUGAUGCUCUGCUUGAGGAUCUGACUGGCCGGGAAACGUUACGCAUAUUCGCCCUUCUGCGCGGUGUUAGGGAAAAGGAGAUCAAAAACGUUUCCUACACGCUGGCCGAGGAGUUGAACUUUGCCAAGCAUCUGGACAAACCCACCAAGGCGUACAGUGGUGGUAACAAACGAAAACUCAGCACUGCCCUGGCGUUAAUGGGCAACCCUUCCGUGGUGUACCUGGACGAACCGACCACCGGUAUGGACCCAGGCGCGAAGCGUCAAUUCUGGGACGUCAUCUGUAAGGUUCGCAACGCGGGAAAAUCUAUCGUGCUGACGUCGCACAGCAUGGAAGAGUGUGAGGCCCUCUGCACCCGGCUAGCCAUCAUGGUGAACGGAGAGUUCAAGUGUCUCGGCUCGACACAGCACUUGAAGAACAAAUUUUCCAAAGGCUUUUUGCUCACGGUCAAAGUAGCCCGGGGCGACCAGGCAACCCAGCAAAAGCGAGUAGAGGGUGUGAAAGACUUUGUGAUGAACCGAUUCGCCGGGGCCGUACUAAAAGAGGAGUACGAAGAUUCACUGAGCUUCCACAUACCGGUGACGGAUCUGAAAUGGUCACAAAUGUUCGGUCUGAUGGAAGGCUCGAAACGAUCGUUGGAAAUUGAGGACUAUGCCCUCGGGCAAACGUCGCUUGAGCAGGUGUUCCUGUUCUUUACGAAAUAUCAACGCGUCACCGAGUGACGUGUAGGAUAAGGCUUAGUAACCUUUUUAAUGUGUCGGAGAUGUAAACGAAGAUCUAGGAUAGAUGUAUUUUAAACAUAGAAUAAUAAAAUAUUAU